AUGGCAAAUGCUAUUGAACAAGUAUUUCCUAAUACAAGACAUAGAUUAUGCUUAUGGCACUUACAAAAGAAUGCUGUGUCAAGAUUUGGAGACUUAAAAGCUGACAAUACAUUCAAAGACACAUUCAAGAAGUGCUUAUAUCGUUGUUACAAUGAAGAAGAAUUUGAAACCACUUGGUUUGACAUGAUUACUAAGUAUAACCUUCAAGAUCAUGAUUGGUUUACAAAUCUCUAUACAAUAAAAGAAAAAUGGUGUACAUCUUUGAACAAAGAUUUUUUCUCAGCUGGAAUAUUGUCUUCACAAAGGAGUGAGAGCACUAACAAUGCUAUUGGAUUUAAAGGGAACAAAUCAACUUCACUAACAGAAUUCUUUCACAUUUUUGGAGCAACAGUGGAUCGUUGGAGAUAUCAAGAAGAUCAAAAUGAAUAUGAUUGUGGAAAUGCUUUGCCUAAAUCUGAUUUUCCAAUGGUCGAAAUGAUAAAACAUGCGGCAAAUGUUUACACACUUACAUUGUUUAGAGAUUUUGAAAAAGAAUUCAAGUAUUCAAUGGGUUGCAUCUCAAAUGUCAACUACAUCAAUGGAAAUUUCAUUGGUUACAAAGUGCAACAUGAAUCUUGGCCUGAACAUACUGCCCAUUAUGUGGCAUUUGAUCCAACAACAAAUUCCAUUAAAUGCACUUGUAGGAACUUCGAAGAAUCAGGAUGGCUAUGUUUCCAUGCAAUACGAGUUCUACAUAUACAUUCUAUUGUCAACAUUCCAGAGCAAUACAUUUCAAAAAGGUGGACAAAGUUUGCAAAAAGUGAAGUAUGGAAAAGAAUGGAACAUAGAGAAGAUAAUGGAACAGAAAAGAAAAAAAUUACUCCAUGGCGUUAUGAGAUGGCAAGAAAUUUGUACAACUUGGUUAUUAAAUGUCAAGGGAGUGAUGCAGCUAAAAAGGUGCUUAAAGAGGCUUAUGCUCAUGCUAACGAAAGCAUAAAUAAGGUUCUAGAAAAAGAAAAAGCAGCAGAAAAGGAGGCAGCACAAAAGGCACAAGACGAUGUUGAAGCACAACAAACCACAAUCAACAUAGCACCGUCUACAUCAUCAUCAUCAUCAAAUGCACCACAAAUAAUAGUUGAAAAUCCACCACUAGUGAAGACAAAAGGAAGAAGUAAAAGAAAAAAAGGAUUCUUUGAGAUAAGGACAUCUUCAACAGCACCUACAGAAUUUGGAACUUUUACACCAAAAGAACAACUUUUUUAGUGACAUUGGAUUGAAUUUAGUGUUUAUCAAAUUAGUUAACUUGUACCAGCAAUUAGUUAACUUGUUCCCUCAAUUAGUUAACUUCUUCCCUCAAUUAUUUAAUAUUGUUAACCUUACAAUACAUUAGUUAACG